AAUAGUAUUUCUGAUUCUGAUAGAUCUUUUAUUCAUGUGAGCAUCUUAUUGUGAAGGGUCAGACCGGAAGUAGGUUUGCUGUGUGAAUGUAGAGAGCUUUCUGGUAGCUCCAUCUGACAGCUGGGUCAGGCUGUUCGGUCCCCCUCACAGCACCGUCCAUGGACUGAGGAGACCUUGCAGCAGCGGGUGAUAGAACCGGACCGAACAAGCUCCUUCCUCCCCGGUCCGUCCAUGGACGAGCAGGCGGGCCCCGGAGUGUUCUUCGGCGGUGGUGGCUCGGGUUCGGGCGGCACCGGGAGCGUCAGAGCCCCUCAGCCCGGAGACGGAGAGGCGGCCCGGGCUCACUAUAGCAUCCCGGGUAUCCUGCACUACCUGCAGCACGAGUGGGCUCGGUUCGAGGUGGAGAGGGCUCAGUGGGACGUGGAACGGGCCGAGCUGCAGGCCCAGAUCGCCUUUCUACAGGGGGAACGGCGAGGACAGGAGAACCUGAAGAAGGACCUAGUGAGGCGGAUCAAGAUGCUGGAGUAUGCCCUGAAACAGGAAAGAGCCAAAUUCCACAAGCUGAAAUAUGGGACAGAACUGAACCAAGGAGAAAUCAAAGUACCAAGUUAUGAUUCAGAUGAAGGGAAUGAGAGUGAAAGUCCUCCGAACAGCAGCCAUCAGCUCAGCUGGAAACAGGGACGGCAGCUGCUCCAACAGUACCUUCAGGAGGUUGGAUAUACCGACACCAUCCUGGAUGUCAAGUCCCACAGGGUAAAGGCGCUGCUCGGUUUGACCGGAGAAUCCAGAGACAAACCCUCAGAGAGGAGAGCUGAACCUAUGGUGAACGGAACAGAGUCCUCCUCCCUGAAGGACAGCGGCAUGGUCAGUAAACCCGACAUGUCCGACUCGGCAGCCGUGUUGGAGGCCUUCAGGUUCAUUGAAAGCGCCGCGGCGGAGUUCAGCGAUGAAGACGAGGAGGAGGAGAGCGAGUCCAAGGAUAGAACCAUCCUCGACCUGGCUACCAUGGUGAGAAAGAAACAGUCAUCCACGCCAUCUUCCACAGCCUCCGACCUCAGCGAUGACCCAGACACCGAGGAGGCCCUGAAGGGAUUCGACUUCCUGGCGAGUCCGGAUGAGCCGGAUGUGUCCGAGCCGAGGAGCAGGGAGGACAGCGGGGAGUGGGAGAAGGAGGAUCCAUCUGCUCCUGGAGAACCGGUCUGGGACGUGGACCAAGGCCUGAUCGCCCAACUGAAGGAGCAAUACAAAAAGGAGAGAAAGGGGAAGAAAGGAGUUAAGAGACCGAACCGCUCCAAACUCCAGGACAUGCUGGCUAACCUGCGGGACACCGAGGAGCUCCCCCCCAUGCAGCCGGCCAUGUCAGCUCCCUCGCGGCCCACUGUUCCCAGACUGAAUGAGCCCGAGGUUGGUCGGCCUGAAGACGAACCGAUGACGUUCCUGCCGUCCACCGGGAAGUCUUUCAUUCUGGGAAGAGUGGACGAAGCCGUCUCCAACGAGCUUGGACUGGGAGAACUGGCCGGACUGACAGUUGCCAAUGAGGCAGAAAGUCUUGGAUAUGAUAUCACUAACAACACAGAUGCUCUGAGGAAAACCUGGAACCCCAAGUUCACCCUACGGAGCCACUUUGACUCGGUCCGGAGUCUGGCCUUCCAUCCUGUGGAGCCCGUCUUGGUCACAGCAUCUGAGGAUCACACCCUGAAAUUGUGGAACCUUCAGAAGACGGCACCAGCCAAAAAGUGUGCAGCGUUAGAUGUGGAGCCCAUCUAUACGUUCAGAGCUCACAGUGGGGCUGUUCUCAGCGUCACCAUGAGCUCGAGCGGGGACCAGUGUUUUAGUGGGGGGGUGGACGGCACCAUCCAGAGCUGGAACACGCCCCACCCGAACAUAGACCCUUAUGACUCCUAUGAGGCCUCCAUACUGCGCGGGGCGCUGUGCGGCCAUACGGACUCAGUCUGGGGCCUUGUCUAUAGCUCAGCACACCACCGUCUUCUCUCCUGCUCGGCUGAUGGGACGGUCCGACUCUGGAACGCCGCUGACAUCUCACCCGCUUUGGCGAUUUUUAAUGAAGAUGGAGACAUGGGGGUCCCAACCUCAGCGGACCUGGUGAGCAGCGACCCAGCCUAUAUGGUGACGUCGUUUAAUACGGGACACAUUGGACUCUUCAACAUGGAGACUCAGCAGCUGGUCUUGAAGUUUGAGUCUGCUGGACCUCCAGAGUCUCCAUGUAAGAUCAACAAAGUCCUGAGUCAUCCGACACUGCCGAUCACCAUCACAGCACAGGAGGACCGGCACAUCCAAUUCUUCGACAACAACACAGGUAAACUAAUCCACUCCAUGGUUGCCCACCUGGACUCAGUCACCUGUCUUUCUGUGGAUCCAAACGGCCUAUACCUGAUGUCAGGAAGUCACGACUGCUCCAUCCGUCUGUGGAACAUGGAAAGUAAGACCUGCAUCCAGGAGUUCACUGCCCACCGGAAGAAGUUUGAUGAGUCCAUCCAUGACGUGGCGUUCCACCCAAACAAAUGCUACAUCGGCAGUGCUGGAGCCGACGCACUAGCCAAGGUCUUUGUAUGACCGGGACCUGCAGUGACUAUUUGUGUCAUCAUGGGGUUGACUCUCCUCCUACUGGACUCGGGCUGGCCUGCAUCCCAUCAAUAAGCUCUUCAUUUCCAGUCCCAAGGGGUGGUGUUCUGCACCUUUUAGGUUUGCUUGUGCUUCCACAUACCUCCUCAAUACUCAAUAUGCCCACAAGUUAAUCAGAGUCCUGCUAAUGACCUGGACCUGGACUAGAGUGUGCAGAAGCGGAGAUUUAUCUAAAAAGUGCAGGGAACCAGACCACCAGGAACCAGGAGCAACCUGAAAAAUGUUUUUCAAACCCCAAAACCUCUGCAGCGUUUCUGCUUUUGGGAAUUCUUUAUCAGUAUGAUGUGCCUUUUUUCCUUAGAGCAGAGAUUCCUUUAGAACCUGAAGAAAUUAAAGUGCCAGUUCAGAUUUCAGCCCCCUGCUGGCGGUUAGCAGUACUGUCUUGGUUGUCUAAAGAUUGUGCAGAGGUUUUGUUUUAAAGGUUCAUUCCAACUGCUGAAGUGGGUUGUCUCAUUUCUUCUGGACUUUUGACAGGUUCUAACUGGCCUGGACAAGUUCCUGACAGAGCUGCAGCGGAAAUCCUGCAGUGGAGCCCAGAUUUCUAUUUACUUUUUCUUUUUCUUUCUUUUUUUUUUUUUAAAGGUGAGAGGUUCCUGAGAGGUGCUGGUUCUGUUCAAAGAGACUUUCUGAUUGUGUGCUGACCUAAACUAUUGAUUUUGGUGUUGGUAUUCUGACAUUGAGCGGCUGGUUUUAAAGGGAUGUUCAGGUAGAUUUACAUUUUGUAUUCUCUGUUUUACUUGAAAAGUGGAUUUUGUUCCUGUUGGGAUGUUUCAGGAAGUAGACUUCUACUUGGAAGCAGCUGCUUCCUGUUUAGGAUGAACUCUGGUUUUCCUUUUAUCAAGCUGUGUAAAAAAGAAUAAUUGAAAUGUGUGUAGAGUUUGUGUUACAGGGAAUCUAUUUAUCUACCAGGUGGGAAACUGUAAUUUAAGAUAAAUUUUAACUUGAGCUUGAUUUUUAUGUUUUUCCUUAAUUGGAAAGUUGAACUUUCCAGUUCACCAAGUUGUACUUCCUGUGGUGAUGUUCCUAUUUUUUAACUGAAAUCUGUUUAGAUUUAGACUUCCAGAACUUUUCCCUAGCUGAUCCAUCUGGUCGUUCCAGAAGCGUUCCUAUGGAUGGAAGGUGACAACUAAAGGAAACGAGUAGUACAUUCAA